AUGGUCGAUGAAAUUGAUGCCUUGGAAGCUAAUCAGACAUGGGAUCUUGUUCCUAGAACACCAGAGAUAUCAGUUGUUGGGAGUAAGUGGGUAUAUGCUAUCAAAAUGAAGCCUGAUGGUACUCUUGAAAGAAACAAGGCUCGAGUUGUUGCACAAGGAUUUAGCCAGGAGUAUGGAAUCGAUUAUGAGGAGACGUUUGCACCGGUAGCGAAAAUCCAGACUGUUAGAUGUGUCUUGGCCGUGGCGGCAAUGAAAGACUGGCCCCUGGUACAGCUAGACGUGAAGAAUGCAUUCUUGCAUGGUGAUUUGAAGGAAACGAUCUACAUGGCUCGACCACCUGGGUAUACGAAAGGUGAUGCGAAUACUGUUUGUCGCCUGAAACGAUCACUGUAUGGUCUCAAACAAGCUCCUAGAGCAUGGUUUGAGAAGUUUCAUGGAAUGAUAGGGCAGGCUGGAUUUACUCAAAGUCAGAAUGAUCCCUCCUUGUUUCUGCGAACUACGGUACAUGGUCUUACAGUCUUACUUCUCUAUGUGGAUGACAUGAUUAUUUCAGGAGAUGACCAUGCAGGAAUUAAGGAUCUCACCGAGUCACUACAUAAAGCAUUUAAGCUGAAGGAGCUCGGUAAUGUUUCCUACUUCCUGGGAUUAGAAAUCGAGCGGACUAGGCAUGGCAUCCUUGUGAGUCAGCAAAAGUAUAUUCGAGACUUGCUUGCAGAAAAUCAAUUUGAAAACUGUAAACCGUGUACAACUCCUAUGGAACAGAAUCUGAAGCUUAGCAGGGCCAGAGGGGAUUUACUAGAUGAUCAUACUCAUUAUCGCACGAUUGUUGGUUCUCUCAGAUACAUCAGCUCUACGAGACCAGACAUUGCAUACGUUGUACAGGUGGUUAGUCAGUAUAUGGGCAUGGCACGUACUAUGCAUUUAGAUGCAGUGCAUCGGAUCCUGAGAUACCUUCGGAGUACUCAGGAUGUAGGUCUUUUCUUCCCAGCAAAAGGGGAGCCUGUAUUGGAGGCAUUUGCAGAUGCUGAUUUUGCUGGGUGUGUAGACAUUCGCAGAUCAACAUCAGGAUGGUGCGUCCGGUUUGGGAGUUCAUUUGUUUCAUGGAGAUGCAAGAAGCAGGAUCGGGUUUCGAAAUCUUCUACAGAAGCAGAGUACAGAUCCAUGUCAGAGGUAAGCUCAGAACUGGUUUGGCUGAAACGUCUCUUAGGGGAAUUGGGUGUAGCAUGCAGUGAGCCUAUGAAGUUAUUUGGGGACAAUACCAGUGCUAUCCGGAUUGCUACCAAUCCAGUUUUACAUGAUCGGACAAAGCACAUCGAAACACAUGUUCAUUACAUCAGAGAACUUGUGACCGAGGGAGUCAUUCAGCUUAGUUAUUUGUCAACAGAAGAUCAGACAGCAGACUUGUUGACAAAGGCGGUUGGCACCAGUCGCCAUUGGUAUCUGUCUAACAAAUUGAUGUUGCGUAAGCACCAUCAAUUUGAGGGAGGGUGUUGA